UUUUGUAAAAUUUGACUGUUUGACGAGUGGUGCAAAACCACCACUGGUACAGGCGGUAUUUCACCUCCCACUAAACUUAUUUUCUAAUCUACUAGUGUUAGAUCUAGUGGAGUAGCUCUACUGGCGAAAAUGUUAGAUUCGGCGACAGCUUGCGUGUGCUGCAAGGAGGAGCGGCCAGAGUCCGGACGGUUGCUGGAUUGUCUGCAUGUCCUCUGCGAGAGUUGUUUGCGCGACCAGAUCAAUCCCUUGACUGGUGGUAUCUGCUGUACGAUGUGUGGAAGGAACACCGUCACUGAGUCAACACAGAGCCAAGCUGCGGAUGAGAGCAUCACUCGGAUGCCGCUUGGUGGACAUCAGCGGCUUGUGAAAGCGGCUGGUCUCCUGUACCAUAGUCAAAGCUCUGAGGCGUCGGGUGCUACUGCACCGGGUACAGCUGCGGUAGCUGGCGACCAAGAAGGAGGUGGGUUGAAGUGCAGCAUUCAUCACGGCCAACUUCUUUCAUUGUACUGCAAGACAUGCGAUCGACUGGCCUGUGGCAUGUGCGGCUCGUCGCAUCUUGAUCAUGAUCACGUGGUGGCGUCCACGAGGAAAGUGUGCAGAGAGAAGCAAUGCUCUGUGGAAGAGCUGUUGGAGAGUGUGUCUUCCAUUGCCGGCUUGUCGGAUGUUAAACUGCUCGACCUUCGUCUCAGGAACUUGACCACUGCCACUGAGCAAGUUAAUCAGCAAGCGGAAGAAGCGUCUGAGAAAGUGAAGGAGUAUUUCAAGGAGUUACGAUCUGUGUUGGAUGAAGAAGAGCAACGUUUAUACUCAGAGAUAGAUCAGCAUCGCUGGCGAACCCAGCAGCACCUUGAGGAUGAACAGCAGCGUAUCCACAACAAGCGAAACACGCUAAGCAGUAUAAAGGCCAUUGGUGAGAAACUGACGCAAUCUCUGCCCCAGCCAUCCAAGGCAAUCACGCCGUCAGACAUUCACGUCAUGCUGCUGCAUGGCAGUCUAGCUGAAGCAGCUACUACUUUGUCGCCCGAGGAUCUUAAUAUUCCAGUAGCACAGUUGGUCGGCAAGUUCGGUGUUACAAUAGCUGAGAAGAGCACGGAUGGUAUUCGGACGACUCUGAAAGCCGAUGCACGGGCAUUUCACACAGUAGUGGAUGUCAUGCAGUCACGGAUCAAGAAUUUGGGGAAACAGCCGGGAUCUGAAGAAUUUAAGCACAAACUCAAGUUCUCCCUGCGUGAUCAUGCCGGUAAUGUAUUACACGCAAAGCAGGUUCCGGAGGAUUUUGAAGCCUCCAUGAUGUUCCCAACGGGAGAUCUCCAAAGGCUACGCCUGUCAGCUGAUGCUGCUAAAGUAGGCGUAUGGGAGAGUGACCUCUUUCUGACGGAGCCAGGUGGAUACCCUAUUCAUUUGUCCACUGCUGAAAGGACACGCUAUCCCUGGAUUUCUACGACCACCAAGCGUGUUUUCACAGACCCUUUAACACUGCAAUCCUUGACUACACCUGGACAUGAUCAUGCGCACGUUCCAUUCGCCGAAGUUGCGGGCAAUACAGCUGUGGCAGUGUCUAAGUGUGCGUUCUCCGGAGCAAGCAGGAACUGCUGGAGUGCUCAAGUGAAGUGGCAGACGCAGCACAACAUCUUCAUGGGCGUUGCACCGUCAAUAGCUGCUUCUGCUGAUGGUGCAGCGUCAGGAAACUCUGAGUCCAGCAGUAUAGCCUAUGGUUGGUGGUCAGCCAAUACUGUUCGUCAUGGUCACGUUGACCAGCGCACGGCAGAUCUCAACGAGCUGAAGAGUGGUGACAAGAUCGUUAUCACCCUGGACUUGCAGCGCAAGAGGCUGGAGCUGCUGAUCGCUGGGAUGAAGAAGUGUGAAGUCCUGGACAUGUCUGCUGAUUGCGCAACACCAGGGCGUGCGUGGCAUCCAGUGUUUUGCCUCAGCAAUGAAGAUGAGAGCAUAUCUGUUAUCUGAAGAAAUCAUCCCUGUGCUGACAAUACCGAUACCAAGAAUUUAAACCAUUCAAAUCCAUCACUACACAACGUUUUACUAGCUUACUUCAGUGCGUCCACUUGUUCAACGCUACAGCAAUAUUUAAAGAUAAAUUUGCAAAACGUUCGGAUCUUUAGAAGUUGCAUCUGCGCCUUGAUCCACGGAGGGUGGUGGGGUUCCUACGGAUGCGGAAAACUGGGCCUCAAGCUGAGUCUCAUGCGGACCGUGAAUGUUUCUUUCCAAAACUUAGUACAUGGAUAUCCGCUUUCCAAUUUCUGGGUGUAUAUGCAGGCCAAUUUCUGGGUUUCUGCAAUUUUUAUUUAAAUUUUUUAUUUAGCUUUUCUGCGGCCUAUGCUGUGUUUCGAGAAUAAUGUUACUAUUUGGACCGGUGUAUUCUCUGUGUCUCAAGCUGUCAGAAGAUGCAGAGAACAAAAAUUCUCAAUAGUUCUGCAUCUUCGCAACUAAGAAACCUUCAUUAAAUUUCAUAGCUCUGCACAACUUGCACCCUUCCUUUGAUGCUCAUCGCAGUUUGUCCAGUUUGUACAGUUUGCGCCAGGGUGACUUGUCCCAUUGUCCCCCGGGCAUAAGCAGGUCCGUUUUGAGGAGGAGCAUAAAAUGGCAUCCGAAAAACAAGGGCAGAUGCCCAAUGAGGCUGUUAUACACACCUGCUAUUAAAGGCAUAAUUGUUGACCUAAUCAGGUCCUUUUUCAGAAGGAGCAUAAAAUGGCAUCCGAAAAACAAGGGCAGAUGCCCAAUGAGGCUGUUAUAUACACACCGGCUAUUGAAGGACCAUACAUAGCGCUUCUUGUCGAUUUGGAAUAAUAUUUUAGCAGCCACUAUAGGAUAUAUCCCAAAAGUUCAGCGUUUGCUUGUGAAUUUGGUAUUUCUCUUGCAUUAUUAUUGUCUUGUACUUCCACAAAGCUCCCAGUCCACAUCAUGACAAUGGUCUGAGUCCUUUUCUCAUGACGAUUUUCUGUUCUUUUGGUCUUUUGGUGAAGAAUAUAAUAUUAUAAGCAUAAUCGGCUGUUUUCUCGAGCAUCCUGUGAGCAUCCGCUA